AGGGAGGGGACGAGAGACUGGUUUCGCCACGUGUGCAAUGUCUUGUGUAACUAAUCAUCCUGCACCACGAGGCGCAUACUGGUACAGCCAUCGCCAGAUAAGGUCAGCAUCCGACAUAUAUUGCGAGGGUGUUACAGACUCCAUCAGACUGCAGCUCUUCUCUCCAGCCAUCAUGGGUGUGGUCAGGGUGGUGGUAGCUGUGCUUCUGCUGGGUGUCCUGCUACACUCCGGCUGCCAGGUGACUUCCUCUCGUGAUGCUAGACACAGGACACGAGCAGCUUUACUCUCCCAGUCUGUGACGUCAUUUGGAGCCUCGCUUUACCUCCAGCUGACAUCCGGGAACUUGGACAACCUCAUCUUCUCUCCUUUCAGUGUCUUUGUGGCUCUCGCCAUGACUUUGUUAGGAGCUGACGGCGUAACAAAGCGAGAACUAAUGACAGUUCUGUCCGUGGGGCCCCAGCAAGGUGUUCAUCAGACCCUGCACAAUGCCAUUGCCUCCUUUGAGACUGGUCUUGACCAUGAGACCAACCUGACCUUACGUGUUGCCAACGCCGUGUACUACAACGCGUCCCAGAUCACGGUGUUACCUGGAUUUUCACAGAACAUCCAGAGGCUCUACGGCGGAGCACUUAAGCCUUUUGAGGAACAGAACCCCGAGGCCGCCCUUAACUCGUGGGUAGCGGAAGUGACGGAUGGGAUGAUCCAGAACCUCCUUCCACCAGGUCACAUCGCCGACUCCGGCACCAUUUUCAUGCUUCUCAAUGCUGUCUUCUUCGAGGGACUUUGGAAAACGCAGUUCGACCCAGAAUUUACUAGUGACUCUGACUUUACAACGGCGACGGGAACGGUGGUGCAAGUUCCCAUGAUGCAUAAGACUUACGUUUCUAUCAGACUGAAGAACAUCGAGGCUUUAAAUGCACAGGUCGUUGAACUGCCUUACAGGGGGGACCGAUUCAGUCUGUUUUUGGUCAUGCCCAACACCUGGGAUGGUUUGCUGAACCUAGAGAGAAGCCUGAAUGGUCAGAUGCUCAACAACAUCGUGAGCGACAUGCCGGGCACUGUUCGACCAGCCCUCUCUCUACCAAAAUUUCGUCUGAGGACUCGCAAGACACUUAAUGAACAUCUUCAGGCCAUUGGCUUGCGGUCUGCCUUCUCCAAUGCAGCGAACUUCCGCCGACUGUCGAGGAACUCCGUUAAAAUCAGCCAGGUUUUUCAAGAGGCCGUCAUAGAGGUGACUGAGUCUGGAAGCAGGGCGGCAGCUGUGACGAGCAUCCAGGCUGUCCCUAAAAUGAGGUUGCGCAACAGGGUCGUCGUGAACAAGCCGUUUGUGUUCAUUCUUCGUGAUAAGAUUUCAGGGCUCAACAUUUUCAUGGGCAGAGUAGCCGACCCUUCCCAGCAAAGUCCCUAGUACGUGAUUAGGAUUCACGUUUAUUCGACCUUUCACAACAUUAUACUUCUUACUGUUAUUGGAUCUGUAAGUAUAUCGCAGUAUUUUCUUUCCAUGAUGUAUCACAGCUCUAUACAGUCGUAAACGUUAAUAAAGAAAAC